AUGCCAUCUCCCGCGCCUCUUCCCCCUCACUUUACCUGGGGCUUCGCAACAGCCGCCUACCAGAUAGAAGGUGCUGUUGAUGAAGAUGGACGUGGAAAGUCCAUUUGGGAUACCUUCUGCCAUCUGGAGCCCUCGCGGACCAAGGGUGCCAAUGGUGAUGUCGCCUGUGACCACUAUCAUCGGUAUGAGGAGGACUUUGACCUACUCACGCGAUAUGGAGGUCGAGAGGACCCAGUAAACGAAGCCGGUGUCGCAUUUUACAACAAGCUCAUUGAUUCGCUGCUGGCGAGAGGCAUCACGCCAUGGCUUACCUUGUAUCAUUGGGACCUGCCGCAGGCGCUGCAUGAUAGAUACGGGGGCUGGUUGAAUGUGGAGGAAUCACAGAGAGAUUUUGAACGGUACGCAAGGGUCUGCUAUGAGCGGUUCGGUGAUCGAGUCAAGAAUUGGAUUACCCUCAACGAGCCAUGGAUUGUGUCCAUUUUCGGAUACGCAACCGGUGGCAAUGCUCCUGGAAGAAGCAGUAUAAAUCCUCAAUCGACCGAGGGUGACACGGCGACUGAGCCUUGGGUUGUUGGAAAAGCGCUGAUCAUGAGCCAUGCCCGCGCCGCUGCCUUGUACAACAGAGAGUUCCGGUCGGUACAGAAAGGCAAGAUUGGGAUCUCGUUGAAUGGAGACUACUAUGAGCCUUGGAAUGCCCAAGAUGAGCGGGAUCACGCUGCUGCAGAGCGUCGCAUGGAAUUUCACAUUGGCUGGUUCGCCAAUCCCAUCUUUCUGGCAAGAGACUACCCAGUCUGCAUGCGCGAGCAACUUGGAGAUCGCCUGCCCAAGUUUUCCUCGUCUGACUUGGCGCUCCUUCGCGAAGCUGAGAGUGAUUUCUACGGGAUGAACUACUAUACAUCCCAGUUUGCUCGCCAUCGCGAUCAACCGGCUUCCGAAACGGACUAUAUCGGCAAUGUAGACGAGUUACAGGGGAAUAGCGAAGGGAUGUCGGUCGGCGAACCAAGCGGUAUCCAUUGGCUUCGCUCAUGCCCAGACAAGUUUCGCAAACACCUCACGAGAGUGUAUCGCCUGUACGGAAAGCCAAUCUUCAUCACCGAGAACGGAUGUCCAUGUCCUGGAGAGGAUCGGAUGACAUGUGACGAGUCAGUUAAUGACAUGUAUCGAAUCCAGUAUUUUGAGGAUCAUCUAGAAGCAGUGGGCCUGUCCGUCAACCAAGACGGUGCUGAUAUCCGAGGCUACUUUGCGUGGUCUUUGCUGGAUAAUUUAGAAUGGUCCGAUGGUUAUGGACCUCGAUUCGGCGUGACAUUCACCGAUUAUCAGACCUUGGAGAGAACGCCCAAGAAAUCUGCCCUGCUGCUGAAACGCAUUUUUGAAGAGCGAAUGGGUGUCAGCGCCAAAGGAAACGCCGUGCCAGCCCCUGAAGUGUUCCGAGCGGAGUUGUGA